UUCCACUGGGUGAUACGCCGAUGGAACACAUUCCACUGGGUGAUACGCCGAUGGAACACAUUCCACUGGGUGAUACGCCGAUGGAAUUUAACUUACCAUUGCGUGAGCUUGAAAUCCACAAAUUUAUCACCAAUCGUACUGGAGUAUUCGAUUAUUACCACCACACCAAUCAUUCUUAUAUAGUAUAUAAUUACUACCACCACACCAAUCGUACUCUCGAGACAUUGGCGUCUACAUUAAAUAACUAUCAGUACAUCUCAAAUCAAUGUAUUAAAGAGGAACUCAAAAAACUUUUAGAUGAUUUCUUUGAAAGUUGUAACCAGUGGAAAAGGUCAAGAGGAAAUAAAAUUUCAAACUCACACUCACGGCUUGAAAUGAUCUGCUUCAAACUUAAUUGUAAGGGAGGACAGGUGACAAAAACACGCACAGCUCAUACCUGCUCAAAUUUGGAAAUGGAACCUUCAAGUUCAACAAAUUAUUUCUCAGAGCAGCCAAACCGUUACGUUGAGAGGCCCAGAGUAUUCUCAGAGCAGUUGAUUCGUGAUGCUUAUAUGAGAAAUCGUUUCACUGCGUUGAACAUUUCAAGGGAAAAGAUAAUUAUAAAUUUCAACACACUGCUUCAAAAGAAUCGAGACACUUUGUGCAAAUAUUUAAAAGACAUUGCCACAGUGAACACGACCAGCGAACCCAGCAGCCCAAAUAAUGAGCUGCUGUGCCUUGUGCCCGUGUCAGCUUAGCUGGCCCUCGGACACUCAGGGAUCUAAAAGAGACCCCAUCAACAGCGAAAAAGCCUGGCUUGAUUUCGCUGUUCGGCUUCUGUCUAGAGAGUUGGUGGGAAAAGGCAGAGGUCAAGAAACUGUAUGGAGUGAGAAGUGCAAACCUGUUUGGUGGGAUGAGAAAGUAGGACUUCCGUGGAAGAACCCAACUUCAAAUCCCAAAGACACAAAAGACAUUUUGCAGAAAAAGUACGCAGCCUUAGAGAGUCAGUUAUUGGCGGAGAAAAGGUUUCCCCUAGAGCUCGAUGAGGAGGCCAGGCUGUGGAAUGACGCCAAGAUCAAUGACCUGUUCGAUCUUACGUUAUUGAUCAGCCUGCUGGGGAAAGUCAGGGGCGUGCAUCGUGCAGUUGUAGAUGCGUGCGGCAAAAUAAUGUCAAUGAAAUUCGGAGCCGACCUGUUAAACGACAUGCAUCAAUGUGUCACAGCUACGCUUCAUGUGUUAGAAGGAGUGAAGAGUCACACUCCCUGCGCCCCUAAAAGAUCAAGCAUUUAUCCAGAGGCGGAAACCACCAUGACGCCAUUGAAGAAGAAAAAUGGAAAUGUUGAAUCGUCUCGUGAACCAUUUGUUUGUACUGUAGGACAUUUUCGAGCCCCGACGGCACUGCCCAGCCUAAUGCCCGAUUUCGGAAAUAUCCCCUCAAAUUUUCAUACUAAGCCCUCGUCUCAACAAGCCAAUAAACUACAACAUCAUGAAAUUUCAAAUCAUUGUACAUCACAAACAAAUUACAUUUCACAGCACGUAAUGCCAGUGGGCCCAACACGCUUUACUUCUAAAGGUCCCACACUUACAACACUGAAACCAAAACAACAAAGUAAGCUAGUUUAUCCUAAUCCAUCUGUCAUGACCACAGACCAACCCAAUAGUAUCAAUCAUAAUCCAUCUGACAUGACAAAAGGCCAACCCAAUAGGAUCAAUCAUAAUCCAUCUGACAUGAUAAAAGGCCAACCCAAUAUGAUCAAUCAUAAUCCAUCUGACAUGACAAAAGGCCACCCCAAUAGGAUCAAUCAUAAUCCAUCUGACAUUACUAAAGGCCACCCCAAUAGGAUCAUUCAUAAUCCAUCUGACAUGACCACAGACCAACCGAAUAGGAUCAAUCAUAAUCCAUCUGACAUGACAAAAGGCCACCCCAAUAGGAUCAAUCAUAAUCCAUCUGACAUGACAAAAGGCCAACCCAAUAGGAUCAAUCAUAAUCCAUCUGACAUGACGAAAGGCCAACCCAAUAGGAUCAAUCAUAAUCCAUCUGACAUGAGAAAAGGCCAACCCAAUAGGAUCAAUCAUAAUCCAUCUGACAUGACAAAAGGUCAACCCUAUAGAAUCAAUCAUAAUCCAUCUUACAUGACCACAGAUCAACCCAAUAGGAUCAAUCAUAAUCCAUCCGACAUGACCAAAGGCCAACCCAAUGGGGUCAAUCAUAAUCCAUCCGACAUGAUCAAAGGCCAACCCCAUGGGGUCAAUCAUAAUCCAUCCAACAUGAUCACAUGCCAACCCAAUGUAAGCUAUCCAAAUCCGCUUCACACGAAAAUAAACCAACCCAAAGGGAUAUACUAUAAACCAAGAGGAUUGGACACAACACAAUUAAAUAAUAAAUACAACCCAACACAGACUGGUGAGACAAUGUCUACCACACGUUUAGAUGAUUCACUCAUGAGUUAUGAAGAUCUCCCUCCGUCCCCAAAUAAUGUUCACAUCUCCAAAGACAACACAUCGUGUGUUCAACAACCUCACCUUAAUCUCACACCAACAGCUUCAAACCCAACUCUAACAUCCAGCAGUUCAGAUGAUCAAGGUGGAAAUGGUUUAGUAGCCGUCAUUCUUGACAAUUUUGAAAGCCUUAGCCCGGGUCAACGUAACUGGUUAGAUGACUUUUGUGUAGAUCCAUUGUUAGAUGACUUUAGUAUAGAUGACCCUUCGUUAGAUGACUUUUGUGUAGAUCCAUUGUUAGAUGACUUUAGUAUAGAUGACCCUUCGUUAG